CAGUAACAAAUAAUCACAACGGUCGCUAUAUUUUGUAGUUUUUUGUUGUAUUUUAACUAAAUUUGUUGAUCAAACAUGGCAAGAACGAAAAAAGCGUCUAACGGUCAACGAAAUCGAAAGACAACGCAACAACCGCAAUCGAGUGCUAUUGCCAAAUUAGAGAAUAAUGAAACAUUGCCAAGUACCAAUGAUGUUGAUAACAAGUCGGACAACAAAAAUCGCGGACACGUUUCAACCAUUAUGCCAACAGCCCGUGAUAAGCUCUCCGGUAGUAAAUCAUUUUCGUUGCGUUCUAAGGACGAAAAUGUUACCUUAGCUGGUUCCGUUUCAAGUAACAUAGUUGAUGGCGAAUGCAAUGAAAAUGAUAAAAGUGCAAUUAGCGACGAUCUUGAUAUUUCUGGGAUCUCAGCCUUGAUGACUGACGAUAGUGAAGCAUCAGUUAUUGAUCUGACUGAUUCGAUCCAUAAAACCGAGGAAAUUGCGAAUGAUGGUAGUGGUGACGAUCAACAAGGAUCAAUGACAACUCGUCGCAAAAGUAUUAGAAAACCGUUAAAACGAUUGGCCUGCACCACUACCCCUCGUUAUAACGUACCAAAACAGUCAAAGGGCACUCCAUACAUUCGUAAGGUGUCGUCCACAAAUCAUCGUAAUAAUCUAGCAAAUGAAAUAAAACUUUCGACUGGCAAAAAAGAUCGAAUCGCCGAUGAAAUCAAGACAAAUGGUAAUGUAAAACGCGUAACAUUCAACAACAGUCCAUCAAUGAAACCAUCAUCUUCAGCUGCUAAAUCUAAUCAACUAAAUCAUCAGCGGACGUCGACAAACAGAAAACAGGCCACAAGUAAAAUGCCCAAUUUCAGCGCCAUUCACGAGAAAAUGUUUGAGAAAAUGGAAUCGAUUGAUGUGACCGUUCGAAAGCGUGAAGAGCGAAUGAAAGCGGCCUCGUCAAAAAAAGAGGGUAAAGGUUAUUCACAAGGAAAGGUUGCAAACACUGAAUCCACCAAAUCGAAGAAAGUUGUUCGUAAAUUGGACAAUACGCAAGCUGGUCCCUCCAACAUUACACACGUUGCCGAAGCGGUGAACGAAUUACCCAAAUCAUCGCGAUCGAAAUCAUUGCGAGCUGCUCCGAAAGUUGAAUUGCUUCAAGAACGCCCGAAUCCUAAGAACGUUGUGCCAUUAACCAAAUUGUUGCAGGCUGCUCCAAAACUUGAAGUGCUUCAAGAACGAUCGAAUCGCGAUGCAGUCUUCAAAUUCACCGGAAUAUCCGACCCGAAGAUCGUUGCGCCAUUACCAGACAAAAAGACCGUGGAGAAUCGUUCCUCUAGGCGUCAGCAGGCGUACAAAGCUCGACCUGUGCCAAAAACUCAUCCACAAAGCUCGAAUCGUUUGAAUGGCGUUCGCUUGAAUCGACGAUUUGAGUUGCAAAUGAAAUAUCGUGAAACUCAGAAUGAAUUGUAGCCAACCAGCCAAUUACAUUCGUCAUGUUAUUAAUUAUGUGUAGGACACCUUUUUGUUAAGCAAUUUUUAAACUUUUUUUUUCCAAAAAUCGAAUUUUCAUUCGUCAUGCCGGUCGAGAAAUCAAGAUUUUCGGAACCCUUAAAUGAGUGAAUUUGAUUGAAUAUGAAUAAUAACGAAAUGAUCUUCAA